AUGAAAAAUAAGCACCCGGACACUGAGCUAUCGCGGCUACACGGCGAAACUUGUUUCGCCGGCAAACAUUCGACCCUCACGCGCCACUGGGCGAUAUUUACCAAGUUCCAACUCCGCCUCCGCGUCCUCGGAGAUGGUCUCCAUCACCCUAUCAGGGCAUGGUUCCAGGUCGCGCGCGAGCGUCGAGCGCGCGCGACCCCCCCGCCGCUGGCACUCCGCGCACGGCGCGAGCAACUUGCCGCCUCCGGGUGGCCGCUUCGAAUCCCGCGCUGCGCUAGGAGCGGUCGCGACUCAUCCCACGUGGCGCGCACCGACCGAAGUCCGUACAGUCCGAUUGCACGGUCCGUCACUUUCACUACACUUGGAACUGGAACACUAAAGCAC